AUGACAGGCCAGGAACAGUCAGAGGAAACAGAGGAAAAGAUGGAUCCUGAGGCUCCAACAAUCUACGAUAUUUGGAAAGCAGCAGAUGGACUUUUCAAAGGAGAGAGCGUUGCAAAACGGAUCACAUUUAUGUCAAGUAGAGAUGGGUUUGCUGGGUUUGUGAGAGUCAUAGGUGGUGAUGAGGGAUAUGCCGGUCAGAAUCCGAGGACGUUCGAUAUUCCCGCAUGGCACAGUUGCGAAGUGCUGGGUUGCAAGAUUAAGUUCACUCGAGCCUGA